UGCAGCAAAGAUGAAGCUCACUUUUCCAGGUUUUGCUCUGAAACAACUCGGCACCUUUGUCUCACUCAUGAUGAUUUUUAUUCACAAUGUUGCGCUUGACAAGGAUCUGGAUUGUAAUUGUGAAGCUAAAGAUCUGGGCUGCAAUUUCUACAUGAUCAUGCCAUUCUGUAUUAUAUUUAUUUUACAACUAUGGACAGAGAAGAUUUUUAGAUGUGACAGGAGAAAAAGGUUUUUUUUAUGUUUAUCAAAGUUCAUGAAGGCAGUUUUCAUAAGUCUGCUGUGGGUCAUAUCUGUGCUGAUCGAUGGAGACUGGGCCGUUUGCUGUUGGGACGAUACAAAGUUGGCCUGCAACAAAGAAAAGCUCACAGCUGAGGAACAGACGACCAGGGCUGAACUGAAAAUCAUGUCAAUGAUGGUUGGCAUGUCUCUACUCUGUGGUAUUUGUGUUGUGGCUGCCUUCACGUCGUCAUUUGAAAAAUGGAUGAAAUGCUGCAAUUACAAAAAAAAGAUGUACAAAAACAUUUAUUCGGACGAGGAGGUAAAAUUACUGAAAGAGAUUUUGACAACAGCAGCAAGAAAUGACCUGACUGAAAUAAUCAGGAAGGAAAUCCGAGCAGAAGCCUGGGGAAAAAAAUUGAAUCUAGGUCCGACUGAACCAGCAGCAAAUCAGGGGCAACAACCGGAGCAACAACCGGGGCAACAACCGGAGCAACAACAGGGGCAACAACAGGGACAACAGGGACAACAACCGGAGCAACAACCGGACGAGCAAAUUGAACUUCAACUAGCGACAGCAAAGGAGGGCGAGACUCCUCAGGAAGAAGAGAACCCCGAGGCGGAUCCCCUUUUGGAUCAGACACCAGGUCCAUCCAGCGCGGAGAUAAGCCACCUGUGAAGGUCACAUGUUUAUGCAACACCACAAUCUGCUGAGACUUUUGAUAAAGAGCUUUAAUAUGUAAUUAUUAUGUUAAUCAUCAGACAUGAUGAUUUUAUUAUGUUGU